AUGAGAGGGCUGGUGGUCUUGCUCAUGCUUCUCUUUUCCUCCAUUGUCGCCUGCAAGGCAGGUGCGGACUGGAAGAAGAGCUUAGGCCUAGGGAAAGAGAAGGUGAGUUAUCUCCACUUCUACUUCCACGACAUAGCGAGCGGUACUAAGAAUGCGACGGCUUUGAUUGUGGCCAUGGCUAACACCACCAUAACCUCUUCGACAUUCUUCGGUAUGUUGAACGUAGUAGAUGACCCCCUGACUCAGGGCCGUGCCAUAACUUCUAAGGUAAUAGGGAGAAUGCAGGGAAUUUAUGCCUCGGCAUCUCAGACUGAAUUCAGCCUUUUCAUGGGACUCAACUUUCUGUUCACGACCGGAGAGUUAAACGGAAGCACGCUUACUAUGAUUGGGAGGAAUCCCACUAUGGAGAAUGUAAGGGAGAUGUCCAUUGUGGGAGGGAGUGGAGCCUUUCGUCUUGCUCGUGGCUUUCUCCUCGCUAAGACCUACUCUGCGAACAAGGUCACCAGGAGCUUUGUGCUCGAAUGCGAUGUCACAGUCAUCCAUUACUAG